AUGCAGCGGGUAUUUCCCGUCUUAGAUCGUGUUCUAUUCUGGGACACUAUCAAAGUCGCGUACCAGAAUCUAGAUCAGAAUGCGCACUACCCUUGCUUAAACACCGACGGCACGGACCUCCCGUCUAUUGACGGCGAGGAGUGUGCACUGAAAGCGCAGCAUCUUUUACCACAGAUCUUGCAAGAAAACCCGUCAGUAGAAGGGAUACAGGCGCUAACAAUGCUAGCACUGUGUGAACUGGUCUCUGGGAACCUGCAGGCUGCAAACUACCAUGGUUCUCUUGCAGCUCGCAUGAUCUUCAUGAUAGGUGCCAAUGCUCCUCCAUCCCAACCAACCGGAGUUCUGGAGCCCCACAAGGAUUUCGAUGCACGCGUUCAGCGGCAGCUGCGAAAUGUAUUCUGGGUUUGUUAUACAAUGGAGAAAGACGUUUGCUUCAGGACCGGCCAGCCUCAACUGUUCACAGAAGAGAACUGUGAUCUAACAAUGCCUCCCGGCUAUGUGGAAAAGCUCUACAGUAGCAUGGAGUAUCACCACCAUUCGCGGGAAUUUCCAGAAAGCCCAUUAUUCCCAGUCGAUCUCCGUCUGAGUAUUAUUAAAUCUCGAGCUUACAGCGUACUUUAUUCAUUAAAAGCGCUUAAGAAGACCGAUGCAGAACUUCUGAAAGAAAUUCGUGAAAUGGACGAUGACCUCGAACGGUGGCGUAUAUCCGUUCCUCCUGAGUGGAGACCGACACUGUCAUUCUCGCACGAAACCCCAGACCCCAAUGUUAGCAUGCACUCUGUCAUGCUGCGCCUUAAUUACCAUUUAUGCAUGACAAUAAUCCACCAAGCAAGCAGUCGAUGCAAAGCAUGGGGAAACCGACAGGGCGGUAUGAUGGACGGCGUGAGUUCCAGUUUGGCGCUUUCUGUCGAGGCCAGUCGCUCGACUCUUUUAUACCUCGAGGCUGCUGCACAUGUCCUUGUCGACGGUAUCUUCUGGACUCUAAUUUUCUACCCUAUGUCUGCUGUCUUGGCUAUUUUCUGCAACAUUCUUCAAAACCCAUCCGACCCACAGGCCACAAAGGACCUGGGCUUACUGAAAACCGCCACGACCAUGAUGGAUCGUAUAUUCUUGAAACAACCCUACUCCGUCACUGAGAUCGUCCACAUCAAGCGUGUGGCUGACUUUGUUACUGAGUUGUAUCGACUUGCGGCCUGCGCUAUUGAGAAGGCGUGGAAAGAGCGUUCUGGUUAA